CUUGGACAGCAUUAUCAUCAUAACUUAUUACAUAAGGACGCUUUCAGGGACCAAAGGUCACCAAGGUGUGCUUGAAAACAAUUCCAGGAGAUGCAGUGGUGCAAAUGGGCCGGCAAAUGGAAAUCUCCCUCAGCAGGACAGUCCACAGGAGCGCAGGAAGAGGACGCCUGUGAUUUCCUGUUUAAGAUUAUCUUCAUUGGAGACAGCAAUGUGGGAAAGACGUGCAUCAUUCACAGCUUCAAGUCUGGAGAGUUUAGAGGAAAUCAGCAUAACACUAUCGGUGUAGACUUUACGGUGCAUACCAUGGAUAUAGAUGGCAAGAAGGUGAAGAUGCAGAUCUGGGACACGGCUGGCCAGGAGCGUUUCCGCACCAUCACACAGAAUUACUACCGCAGUGCCCACGGGGCUAUGAUCACCUAUGACCUGACACGCCGUUCCACCUUUGACUCACUACCUCACUGGAUACAUGCAGUAGAACAGUAUGGAGUUGCCAAUGUAGUCUUUGUACUUAUAGGUAAUAAGUGUGACCUGCAGCCCCAACGACAGGUGUUGUUUGAGGACGCCUGUACUCUGGCUGAACAGAAGGGUGCUCUGGCCGCCCUGGAGACAUCUGCUAAGGAGAACCAUAAUGUACAAGAAGCCUUUGAGCUAAUGGCACGAGAGCUAAUAGUACGAACUGGAGGCUUAAUCCCGCAGGAAGCUCCACUAGAUUCCCCAAAUCUCCUUCUAUACUCUGAGACUCACCCAGUCGAUGAAGUGGAGUCCCUAGGGAAGAAAUCUUGUGACUGCUGAAAUAUUGGGGCUUUAAAGGAAUGAUGUUCUUUCAGAGACCUCUUCUACAUUCUCUAAACACAAGCAUUAACUGCAUUAGUAAAGGGACUUUUGGUUCAAAAGAAAUGGUGACACACUCCAUUCUCCAAUACUUACUACAUUACCGUCUCAGACAGUGCAUACAACACACAGGGGGUCAUGUAUGUACUGUGUGCAAUAUGAUAUUGUAACUGAUAUGAUUAUUUAACUUAUGAAUUAACUUAAACCUUUUGUCUUCUUUUCCCAUGUUAAUGAAAAAUAAAGUGGAGAAAUGA